AACACAUUUGCUGUUUCCUAAUACAAAAAGAUGCGUAGCUUUUCGCUCAUUUCGGGUGGCUCGGGUGGCUGGGGCGGACGCCCAGACUUCCGUCGGCCGCAACAAGCCCGUCGUGACGUUCGUCGCUCAACGAACUCAUCGGCAUCUGGCGCUGGUCCUAGCGGGCGUGGAACGUACUUCGAUAAAGUCGCGGGGUUAAAUGGCCCUCUUAAAGCCGCUCUGACAUCGGGCGCGCUUUCUGCGGUCGGCGACCUGCUAGCCCAAGCCCUAAUCAGUCAGACAGCUGCCCGCGAGGGGGCCCCGAAACCUGCAUAUGACCCUAUGCGAACCCUCCGUAUGCUGGGAUACGGUUUCUUGUGGUAUGGGCCCUGCCAGUUCUACUGGUACAACCUGCUGGAGUAUAUGCUUCCCAUCAAGAACACCGCCAAUUUCCUCACCAAGGUCACAGCCAACCAGCUGGUGCUGGCGCCCACCACGCUGAGCACCGUGUUCUGCUACAACCUGCUGCUAACAGGCAACGGGGCCGCCAUCCCCGGCAAGCUGCGCAACGACCUUUGGCCGACUAUGGUUAACGGAUGGAAGUUCUGGAUUCCCGCCGCCAGCAUCAACUUCUACUGCGUACCGCUGCAGUACCAGGUGCUGUACAUGUCCGCAUGCGGCGUGCUGUGGACCGCGUACCUCUCGUACACUAGCAACAUGCCGGCGCCCGCACCGGCUGCUGCUGCUGCCGUCGCCCCCGCUGCUGUGGGUGCACCGGGUGCCAAGAAGCCCUGCUGUGAAGGGAAGAAGGCCAAGUAGAAGGCCGCGAGCCUGGGGGCUUGGGUGUGGUGCUGUAAAUAAUUUGCCAAAGCAGAGAGCAGGGACCUCUGGGUUAGUUCCCUGCGAUGUGGGUCGGGGAUAUAAGGCUAUAUGCUUGCGUGCGAAGGUGUUGGUGAGGCGGGGAGCCAUCAAGUGCGGGGAGUGGGUAUUCGGGAACCGGGAAGGAUGACAUGCUAGGGAGAGAAGGGUUUGGAUUGUAAUGCGCAUUGGGAGGGCUGCAUGGCGGGAUAAAUGCUAACUGGGGGCCUGGGCACCGGUGUGCCUUAGUUAAGUACGCGAAGCUAGAAAGUACAUGGUGUAGUAGUUGGACCAGAGAGUAGGAGAGCGGUGCGUUGCCUGUGGCAGUGGCAGUGUCCUCUUGUUGACACACCGGCCACGUAGUGUAAUGAGCGUAGGGCAGUGGUAAUCCAGGUUAUGCGUGCGUGCAAUCAACCUGCCACUUCUGUUGCCGCGCCGGUUAGCUAGCGUUGCAUAUGGGGGCCGUUCGAUUCUUGGACGUGUGGUACGUCCUUACAAGCGCAUCAGCAGACUUGCGACGCGCCUGUUUCUCGAGCAAGCUAACGCGUACCACCCUUCUGUUGCGACAUAGUUGCCCUUAUCGACACUAGGGUUAUCUCGUGAGGUGGUUGAUACGUGCUGCCGGCGCGGGGAUUAAGGGCCGCCGUAGGUUCUCGGCGCACCUGAAGGGGUGCUGCAAUAUGCAGUUGAUGUUCCUAUGCACAGUUAAAGUGGUCGCAAUUUCGAUUACGUAGUGAGCAUGCCAGGAAUUUUUGCGUAAGAUCUAUUUGUCAUGUGCCUUAAUCAGUGAGGCGCACGGCAUUCGCAUAUUCUUGUCCGGACCCACUAUCACUAUAUGCGUCGACAGUGGCCUUAGCUUUCCUACAUGGGUUGUCACUGCUUGCUUUUGUGAAUCACGCAUAACGAGUUACGGUUGUAAGCGGAGCAACGUUUACCACUAGACGUGUUUAUCUGAGCAGGUGUACUUGAGUGAAACCUUGGUACAUAGGCUUACAGCUUGUGGAAAACCGUUGAGGUCAGCAUCUCGGACAACGGAGGACAAGCCUGCCCGGGUAGCGCCGCCCAAAGCGUCGCGAUGCACGCGGACGGAACAGCAGCAGCUAUGGGAGAUGGGGCCACCUCCAACAAGACCGUUGACGGGAAGCUGCCUCCCGUUGUCGUAUAUCACGACAUCUUCAACCUGGUGUGCAUCGCCUGGCUCAACGCCACCAACUUCUACUACCUGGCCACCGGGGCGGGCUUCCAGCUCUUCUACAUCAGCACCAUGCUGUACUUCGUGGCAGACCUGAUCUACGUGGGGGUGGUUCCCCGCUCCGUCAAGUCCCCGCUGGUCAUCCUGGCGCACCACGUCAUCACGGCGAUGUACAUCCUCAUCCCGUACCACUACCCGCAGUACGAGUGGUGUAUGUCGUACUGCAUGCUGGUGGAGGUGAACACAUGGCUGCUCAUAGCCAAACGCACUGUACGGGUUGCCGUACUGGAGGUGCUGUUCUACGUCACCUGGGUCCUGCUGCGCAACAUAUACUACCCGUACCUCAUCUGGGUCUUCUACCGCGAGUGGCAGGUGCAGACUCGCGUCAGCGGCACCCCCUGGAACCCCAUCCUCAUCACCCCCAUCUUCCAGCUCGUCCUCACCGGCCUCAACUACUACUGGACGCUCUCGCUGUUCCUCAAACCCAAGAAGAACAAGCAGUUGUAGCGCCGUUACAUGUACCUGUACGGCGCGAGUGGGAUAGCAAGUUGCUGAGGAGGGGUACGGUAGCAGAGGUUUCUGGCGGACUUAUUGGGACACUCGGGUUCUGAGGGGGUUGUCCGGAACUGUUGUCCUACAUCUUCGUAAUGCAGAUUCAUAUGGGGAGGCGAGUUUGGAGCGCCGUUGUGGGGGGGGGCGGGACGUUUUCGAGAUAAAAUAAGGGACGGGGGGCUGGACACCCAUGUUGCCCCAUGGAGACAUUCCUUGACUUGCUUUGCUCCUUGCAAGAUACACGCACGUCGGAAGGCUGCUAUCGUGCACAUCUGCAUGCGCGAGCCAUGCUGCCUGGGAUUCGCCUUCUUUUUCACAUAUAGUACUUCAAGUAUAGAACUGGAUCGGACCCAAAUGUUGUAUGCGUCUUUUUGACUAUCUCUUGUGCAGCGAUGGUUGGGUACGAAGGAAUGAAACGGAUGUGGCCAGGGAUGGGACCCCACUUCUUGUGCUUCUUUUUUGGCUAUGACUCUUGCCAGACACAUUGGCGGUUUGGUGAAUGAGAGGGCCUUGAGAGGAUGCAUUUUUCGGACGGCGCGUCUGAACUUGAGCAACGGCGUUGCUCAGUAUUAGGCCGAACCGCACAUGGGGGCAAACUUCGUUGAGGGAGUCGUACGUUAUGCUGCCGGAUUCACCGUGUACGCCGUUGCUGCGGGCUGUGCAAGUGCGGAAAAGGAGAUCAGCUGAAGCAGCGGGCAUGACAUGUGUUGUGUCGCCGCAAGAGACGGAAUACUUAGGCAGAUUCGACCGUUGCUGUGGAAAGACCACGGGAGAUGCCAGGUUCAACGGGCGGAAUGCAUGCCCUGUUGGUAAGUCUCGUUACGGUCGCUUUUGCGCCCAAUCUCAACUACUUAAGAAGUCCGUCG